UUCCUGCCCCCUCUUCCGCAUGUAACUGAGGCUGACAACUGCAGUUACUGAGGGUCUCAUGCCUGUCAGCCUUGUGUUUGUGUGUCCCAGGACCUGAAGAGACAGCAGCUGUCGUUGGCUCAGCCCCAAGCUGGGGAAACUGAGGCUGAGAGACUUUGCUGGAACAUCUGUGAGUCGGAGGAUGUGUGGUGAACCUGCAGGAAGCUCAAGACCCAGGCACCGCCAUUCAGGUUGAGCCUCUCACGAAGGGAGAGCAUAUCACGGUAAAGCCACUUUGGCCAGGUGGACGAAGGGACUGUUGCAGGCUUAAUGCAUUUGAAUGACCAACCAACCACCCCAUCUGCCAGUCUGGGGACCCCUGCCGAAGCACCCAAUUCCAAAAAGGUAUUAGAGUCUCCAGAGAUAACAACUGCCCUGACUCUCACGGUGGAUCAACGCGCUGGGCUGCUGAGGACACCAAGCCCCAUCCCGCCUGGGAGAGGCAUUAUCUCCUGGAAUUUACAAUGGGAUGUCCCACCGCGAUGGAAGUCCAUGCGUGUCUCUGGAGAGGCUGAUGCCGCAAGGGAUUCUGGGGAGCGUAGUUCUGGUUUAGGGCAAGCCCAGACUUCUGGCGCAGAGCUGGGAUAUCGGAAAUAGCCGGCGGUGAGAAGCCGCGGGUCGGCGGCUCGGAGUUCCGAAGCCGUCUCCGCCUUCGGCUCUUGGCUGGGAGGAUGGAUCCAGGACCCGGGACCGACACGGCGCCGCUGACUGGCCUGGCCUGGUCGUCGGCCUCGGCGCCUCCGCCGCGGGGAUUCAGUGCGAUCUCCUGCACCGUGGAAGGGGCGCCCGCCAACUUCGGCAAGAGCUUCGCGCAGAAGUCUGGCUACUUUUUGUGCCUCAGUUCUUUGGGCAGCCUAGAGAAUCCGCAGGAGAAUGUGGUGGCCGAUAUCCAGGUCCUGGUUGACAAGAGCCCCCUCCCACCGGGCUUUUCCCCCGUCUGCGACCCCCUGGACUCCAAGGCCUCUGUGUCCAAGAAGAAACGCAUGUGUGUGAAGCUGAUGCCCCUGGGGGCUGCAGACACGGCCGUGUUCGAUGUCCGGCUGAGUGGGAAAACCAAGACGGUGCCUGGAUACCUGCGAGUAGGGGACAUGGGGGGCUUUGCCAUUUGGUGCAAGAAGGCCAAGGCCCCAAGGCCGGUGCCCAAGCCCCGAGCUCUCAGCCAGGACAUGCGGGGCCUCUCCCUGGACCCGCAUGCCCAGCCCAGCAAGGGUGGCUUUCCAGAGCGGACCCUGUCCAGGUUAGGCUCUCGGGCGUCUACUCUGCGGAGAAGUGACUCCAUCUAUGAGGCUUCCAACCUCUACGGCAUCUCAGCCAUGGAUGGUGUUCCCUUCACACUGCACCCCCGGUUCGAGGGCAAGAGCUGUGGCCCCCUGGCCUUCUCUGCCUUUGCCGAUCUGACCAUCAAGUCGCUGGCAGAUAUUGAGGAGGAGUAUAACUACGGCUUCGUGGUGGAGAAGACAGCAGCUGCACGCCUACCCCCCAGCGUCUCGUAGCUCUCGGUCAGCCCCAGGGAAGAGCCCCCUGCCUGACACCCCCACCACCCCAGGACUGGCAGCCACCCCGCCCUGCAGCAUCUUGGGAACCUUGGCGGCGCAGGGUGUUCUAGAGCCUCAGCCACCCAACAGAGCCACAGCCCUGGAGAAGGAGCAGGACCAACCGGUCUGCUUGGUGAUGGGGUCUCUCACCCCCGGGGCCCUGCAGGGCAGGGGUGGGGGCUGGAUGGAAACCAGUGCCUUCAAGUCAUUUGUGUCAAAACUCUCUGGUGCCUGGAGGCCACGCGGGCGUCCUCCUGGCAAUAAACACCACCCUGUGCCCAC